CAGCAGCAGUAAAAUCAGGAGCUAUACAAAAUGAAACUCACACUGAUCCUGGCCCUUUUGCUGGCUACAGUCAGCCUCAUGCAAGCAGCACCCGACAGCAAUCCCUACCAGGCCAUCCACUCUGCCUACGAUCUCAGCGGACAGCCCGUGAGAGAGAAACGUGCGAGCUAUCACGGCGACUAUUAUAUCUGCUAUCCGAGCCGCGUGGUCUACAGCUACCAUAACGAUCCGAGCUCCCUGGGCUCGCAUCGUCGUUCCAGCUACGACUACGAUUCCUAUGCUCGCAAGAAUCGUGGGAAUCUAGACCACGAGGUGGACUACUUUGGCAGAUAGUUCGAAGGAAAGACUACUCUAA